UUAUAUUAAAUGAAUCUAAAUUGCUGCUAAUAUAACCUACUCAGUCAAAUGUUUUCACAUUUACUUAAUGUCAAUGCCAUUAUAAUAUUAAAACAGGAUGUAAAAUAAGUUGAAAUGUUUAAAUCCAUCACAAAAAAUUCUAAUGAGAGAAGAGAGGGUUAUUUUCGGGUAUAAAACCCAGAAUUUCUUAGCUUAUCGUCAUCAGUUCAAGCAACAGCAGUUCCAAGAGCAGCCAGCAGCAGAACAGUCUUCUUCGCCAAAACAACAGCCAGCCAGCAGUUUACCAAACAUCUUCAAUAGCCAGUCAAAAGAUUGUCAAAACAACUCUAACAAAUAGACCAGCCAUCAUACUUAGAAAAAGUACCUCAAUUUCUACAAGCUAUUUUCAUAAUGAAAAGAAAAACGGUUACAAAACACGAGCGAAUGUCAUCUUCUGAUGAAGGUUUAUUUGAAAUCGAGAGAUUUAAGAAAUGUUCAAAAACAUUUUUGAUUAAGAAUACUUUAAAUUUUAUAGACUACACGCUUUUUUUUAACUAUGUUAGAGAUAAAUUAAUUUUAAAGUUAAAAGAAUCAUGUUUACAAUCAUCUAUAAAAUUUAAUUUACAUGUGGAUAGCGUAUACGAAAGAAUACUCACUCAAGAAGUUCGGGACAUAGCUUUCAAAACUUCUAAUACACUUGCAUGUAAUUCAUCCGAUUUCAAUAAAUUACUAAAUGGAAUGUUCAAUAAAUUAUUAUCUGAACAAGACCAGUUUUUAGCGAAAGGAUCUGGGUGGUCCCUUAAAAUUAUAGAUGUAUUACAAUUGAGAAUUAAUACAGUGAAUCCUCUCAGAGGAGGAACGUAUCUAGAUCUACCUGAAUAUAUAAAAGAUAAAAGAGCAAUUAUAAAUGUAAAAAAUAACGAUGCUAAAUGUUUUAAAUAUUCAAUACUAUCUAAGUUUGAUAAUCGAUCGAAUAAAACUUAUUUGAAUAAGAAAUAUUUUAAAAUGUUAGAAACAAAAAGUGGUUUAGAUUUUAAAUGUAUUGAUUUUCCAACACCAAUCAGUCAGAUGAAAAAAUUUGAAUGUACAAACGAUGUAUCAAUUAAUAUUUAUAGUUUAAAUGAUAAAAAACAUAUUUUUCCUUUGUAUAUUUGUAAUACUGAAAGAAAAAAACAUUUCGAUCUUUUUCUGUUCAAUAAUGAUGAAACAUCACAUUACUGUUAUAUAAAAAAUUUUUCAAGAUUCGUUAGAAGUCAGAAAACUAAAAAUUAAUGACUUAAUGACUCAGUUUAAAAGCGUUAUCUAGCGGAACAAAAUACAGCAGUAUUAUUAUUUUCAUUGAUUUAUUUACCACUAGAUGACGCUUUUUGUUUUUAUCGAUUGUAGAUAUAUAUAUAGUUUUCAAAACAGACUAAUUAGGAUCAGGAGAUCAUGUGAAAUAAUU